AUGUCAGCCUCCCCACCAACUUCAGAUACCAACCAUUCCAAAACACUGUUACUACAACCACCGCCUCUACGCAGAAGACUUAAAGAAACAUUUUUUUCUUAUGUCAAAUUCGGAUAUAUCGCCUUCGGAGGCCCCAGUGCCCAUGUCGCUAUCCUCUACGAUGAAAUCAUUGUAAAGCGUCGAUGGGUCUCGAAUGAACAGUUUGCUGAGCUAGUUUCCAUCAGUCAAGCAUUGCCUGGACCUGCAAGUGCCAAGAUCGCUUACAGCCUUGCCUUGAUCAGGUCCGGCGUCCUUUGUGCUAUCUUUGCUUUCUUGCUCUGGAGCAUUCCUGGUGCAAUAGUGAUGACUGUAGUAGGAGUGCUGAUUGGCGGUAUCAAAGGCGACAUCCCGAUAUGGGCAGUUCGGCUGGGGCAAGGGCUGUCGGCGGCAGCCAUUGGUCUGGUGAUCCUAGCAGCAUAUCGAAUGUCGACUGUUCUAACGACAGAUAGGUUGACUAGGGUCCUGGCCCUUAUCGCUGGAAGUACAACAGCUCUCUAUUCUGCUCCUUGGCUCUUACCUUUGAUCAUGGUGCUGGGUGGCAUAUCCAGCUUUGUUUUCGAUGCUUAUAUCACACCGGUGCUCACGAGACGAAGAGCAAAAAAAGCUGCUACUUCGCAUAAAGCUGUUGCAUCAGUAGAGUCCAAGGAUCUGGAGCAAGGAGAUGCGGCAAAUGAAUUAGAAACAACAGAGAGUAUAUUGGAAGAUGAAGCUGAAAGAGGCGAUAAAGCUACGAGAUAUGUGUAUUCUCGAUUAUCCGGAAUUGUUUGUUUUGCGGUAUUUGUUGUUUUGCUCAUCGCUGCUAUUCUUGUCCGGGUCUUGAUUUCUCCCACAGAGACAGGGUAUGGCCAGCUGGCAUCAACGUUCUAUGUAGUGGGCUCGAUCAUCUUUGGUGGUGGUCAUGUAGUUGUCCCUCUCUUGAAGACCUAUACAGUGGACGCAGGAUGGUUGACCAACCAACAAUUUCUGAUCGGCCUUGCUGUAAUCCAGUCGCUUCCAGGGCCCAACUUCAACUUUGCUUGCUUCUUAGGGGCGGUUGCGAUGGCCAGAGUCAAUAAGAACACUUUGUUGGGAGCAAUAAUCUCUUAUAUUGCCAUUUAUUUCCCAGGUUUGAUCCUCAAGAAUGCAAUCAUCCCAUUCUGGCAAUUCUUUCGUGAGCGACCGGCAGUGAAGAUGAUCUUUCGUGGUGUCAACUCUUGCGCUCUCGGCUUUAUCUUCUCGGCUGCUUGGCUUCUGUGGGUGCAAACAACAGCAGAUGGAGGUAGUGACAGCUAUCAUGCUGUGAUCGUAGCGACCGCAUUUGUGGCAUCAGAAUACUUGAAUAUUCCGGUUCCACUUGUCAUCGUUGUAGGAGGCGCUAUGGGCGCCAUUGAGUACGCUGUUACUGAUACAUAA